AUGGGUCAAAACCGUUUAGUACCGAGACCUUGCCCCCCUGCGACGUGUUUUGAUAUUGCUGCACCGGCACCGAGGCCUCGGUCUAUCUCGCUUUCAUGCAUUAGCAUUCAUCCUACCGCCGCCGACGACACCGCGAAAACUAAAAUACUUCCCCCGAAUCCAGCAGCAGAAAGAAAUUCCUCAGAAGCAAACCCACAAUCCAGAAAACUGGCUGUCAUUUCACACCCAGUGUCGUCCCCGAGGCACUCCUCAAAGACGGACGCCACCGCCUCCACCCCUCACGAUCAAUCUAGAGACCCAUCACUCCCCACUUCCGAACAUGUCGUUGACCAAAGCAUGCACGCCGAAGGCUCAGACAAGGAGCCUACACGCGACGACAAUUUGCUCAGCGCGUUUGAAGAUGCCAUUGCACAGAAUGGCGCCCACAUGGACCACUUCACCACAGCAGCUGUUGCCGUUCAUCUCUACAACGAUAUGAUAAAUUGGGCCAUUUCACAUGUCGCAGUCCAAUUUAAGCGCAGCGUUUUUCUCGCCUCCGAAGCCAACCGCUAUCUCACCGCCAUUGAUGCUGCCGCCCUAAAUCCGAAUGACCCUCCCGGCACAAAUCCAGAGCGAUAUGGCUCGAAGCUUUUGUACAGCGAUAAGAAUGUCAAUGUCGAAUGCUCCAAUUGUGGCUCAAGCGUCUCGGCGUCCCGCUACGCUCAGCACUUUGAGAAAUGCCUAGGACGAGGCGGGCGCAUGUCAUCACGAGCAGCAUCAGCGAGACUGCGUGCAUCGGCUGAGCGUGCUGAAAAGGAGGAUGCGGCAGAACUUGACGAGGCUCCAUCGCGUCGACGACGGAGUUCCUCAGCCGAUCCUGCAGACACCGGUUUUGCUGGCGGGUCUUAUGCAAAACGACGAAAGAUGUCUCCUGUUCCAUCAGGGGGCUCGGCUAGUGCAUCACAAGGGGGUUCAAUGCAACACGAUCAGACUCUUCGUAUGACGUGUCUGGUGACACAUAUUCCUUCCCCUUCUUACCCGCGCUCAUUUGCGUCUUUUGCAAUUCUUUUACUUUGGCCUCAAGAUCCCCCCUUUUCUUCUCCACAUCGGCACACUGUAGUACCCACUGCGACCUGCUCUUCUCCAGCUCUCCGUUCGCCUCAGAGAGUGCUGCAGCCCUCUGCGUCAGCUCUUUAUUCAUGCGGAGCAUCUCUUCCUUCUCCUCUUGAAGCUCAGCAUUUUUCACCUUUACAGUGA